AUGGCAACACUCAUCCGCAUUGCGAUGCUGAAUGCGGACCAACCCGUCCCGGCAGUGAGACAAAUCUAUCCCACAUACGGCGCCGUUUUCCACAAGCUCCUCUGCGCCUCAGCGGAGCGUCUACAACUCCCCGUCAGCAUCUCCUCACAAGACUUUGACGUCGUGCGGGAGGAGUACCCAUCUUCGCCCGACGACUUUGACCUGCUCCUCAUCACAGGUUCCGCAUCGAGCUCCUACGACAAUGUAUCAUGGGCACACAGACUAGACGCCUACAUCCGAGAAGUCUACGAAAGGCACCCCGACGUCAAGAUGUUUGGCAGCUGCUUCGGUCACCAGAUCAUGUGCCAGAGUCUACUCGGCCAGUACGGUGUCAAGGUGGAAAAGGAUCCCCAGGGUUGGGAGCUCGGCGUCCACGACAUCCAGCUUACCAAGGACUUUGUCAAGGCGCUGGGUUGUGGUGGUGGCAGCAGCAGCGAAAAGGCAGCCCAGGAACCCGCACUCCCUGCGACAGAUCGUCUCCCCACGCCAUCGGAUGAGAAAGACAGCAUCCCCGCCAUGCCGCUCAGCCAGUCCUCGCUGAGACUCCAGUUCAUCCACGCGGACCACGUCCACCUGCCGGAUCCCUCUGCGCUGCCCGCGUCGUGGAUACCCAUGGGUCGUUCUUCGCACUGCGCGUUCCAGGGGGCGUACCAGCCCGGGCGCAUCUUGACGUACCAGGGCCACUUUGAGUUUGAUCGAUUCAUCAACACGGAGACGCUCAAGGUGUUUGGGGCCAAGUGGGACCCGGCUGUCCUGCAGAGCUCGCUGGAGCGGAUGGACAAGGAAGAUGAUGCAGAGACGGCUGCCGACAUGGUGAUGAGGUUUUUGAUGGAGGGCAAGCGAGGCCAGCCUCUCAAUGGCCUCCUGGAUCUCCGCCUCCGCGUGCCACGCCCAACACAGACGAAGGCCGAGACUAUACCCCUUUACAGCCUUCUCCUUACUCCCCUCGUCGCCCUCCACCGUCAUCAUGCCCCCCGACGCAAAUCUGAGGUCAUGCUUUGCCAGACCCCGCGCGGCAAGCUGAUCCGCUGUGAUGAGCAGGUCUUCCGGCACAGUGAGGCGAAUAAAGUACCCUCCCACGACAGCCCCUAG